AUGGCUCAAACCUCUGGUAUCGUACCUGUUGAGAAGCUUCCCUUGGCCGCUAGGAAGAACAUUCGCGACGAGUUCGACGCAAAUAUUGGCAAUCUCAUCAACGCCGUCAGCGAUCUUCUUGGACAACCGUACAAACUUGAAGUUAACUUUCACCUCUUCUACGCAUAUGCUGUCGCUGCAGACAGCUCGUGGGUCAAGAGUAGCCCAGGAGUGGCUGCCUUCAACUAUUUCGAGAGCUUUCACACCUAUCUCAAGGAUUUUACAGAGGAAGGCACCUAUACGGAUGCUGUGGAGGCAUUCAAUGAACUCGUGACUGAGCGUCGUAUUUCUCUCCAGGCUGACCCGAGCGUAACCUACUCCGACUGCAGAGUCAGAGACGGUGCAUUCGAACUUACUUUUUCCUCUACCUCACCUGGAGUCAAUGUCAGCUAUGCAUGCCAGGAGAUGCCCAAACGAUUUGAUGAAGGUCUGUUUGCCAAAGACCCAGACGCGCUUCCAAUGAUCGCCAAGCGGAAUAUCCGGGAUGAAUUUGAGCGUAAAAAGGAAGGGCUACUUGCCCGAUUCAAAGAGGAGCUUCUUGGUGCCGAUGUCGGGCUCAUGGCCGACUAUACAGCCAUCUGGAAGACUCUUAUCAACUCUGAUGUCAACUUGGAGUAUUCCACACAAAACUUUGGCAGGGUCCUUUAUAGCUACUUCGACGGUCUCGCGAGCCAGAUGAAGUCUAAGCUUAACAAGGACGAUAUGAUGGUUGAAGGGUUCAUAGAGGCUGUUCCGACCUUACAGCUCUGUGUAGAAGUCGCACCUCAGGACUACAGUCUCAAGAACAGCUACCACGAGAUCGAGAUCAAGGAUGGUAAAUUUAUCAUCCGCACCACCCCAAGAUAUUUUGGCACAAACAGUGAUUCCGCCGCCCAGGAUAUCGUAGACCUCCUUUAA